AGUGAUCUAGUGAAGAGAAGGCGAACGCUACUUCUUCCGUGCCUGCGUCUGCUACCUGUGUGUGUGUGUGUCAUUUCUGACUGCUAGCGUACCCUCGGUUCAUGCCCUACCUCUGUGAUUGGUCAUACCCGUGGACCUCAACAACUCAGAUCAAAAACAACUCAGCCCCGAUAGUCCCUCCCAGAACGUGUAAAGUGCUUCUUCAGAUAUCAGUUAAAUAAGUUGACACACGAUCACAAAGGGUCCAACCUCCUUAUCCUUCACCAAGACACUUCUUAGCUUCCAACACUCCAUCUUUCUCCAAGAAAAGACUCCAACACUCAACGUCUUCAUCAUGUUUGGAAUGCUGAAUCCCGUCAGUGCUGUCACCAGCCAGUUACCUGGUGGCGGUGAUGGUGGAGACGAAGGCGACAAGGAGAAGGAGGAGGAAGCCGAGAGAGAGCGUUUGGAAGCCAUCAGGGAAGCCGAGGACAGACGCAAGGAGAAGCACCGCAAGCUCGAGGAGGAGCGAGAGGGCAUGAGGCAGGGUAUCAGGGACAAGUACAACAUCAAGAAGAAGGAGGAGUUCGUGCCAGAGGAACCUGCCAUGCCAGACAACCCACUCAUGAGGAAGAAGAAAACGCCUGAGGAACUUGCAGCUGAAGCCGAGGCCGAAGAUCAGGAUGAAUUCACGAAGUUGAAAAACACCAUAGAAACACAAAUUAAUGAAGUGAAACAGCAAAUAGAAGAAAAAGUGUCCACAGCUACGGAUGAAAAAUUUCACAUUCUUAGCGGUGGCAAGUGUGUCCUGCAGUAAAGCCCUCCCCCGGCUCACGCUGUGGACUCCCCCGCCGCUAUGCAACAUAAAAGGCCUACAGCCGUCUCCUGUUUAGGGCGACGCGUCAUCACUGUAUCUCUUUCCCUGGCAGCGGUACUCCUGUCUUCUCCUCCGGGCCAUACAACAAUAUCAACCAUCAGCAUACUCUACAUCGUAAACAACAAGCUAUGGAAGCCAGUCAAAACAGCCUUGUAAACAAGAAUACAAACUACAUGAAAGCCAUUCAAAACAGCUUGUAAAUAAAUCAAGAAAAUGUAACACAGUGAAGAUAGUCAGUCAGAUAGCCUGUAAUAACAAGUCAAGAAUACAAGCUAGCAGUCAUUGAAGCUAACAGCUAUUUACUUCGUUCUCUGCCAACGGUGAAUGGUGAAGAGGUUCCUCGUUAUCUAGGACGUUAUUGUCCCUUUAGGGGAAAAAGAAACAUGCCGGAGAUUUAUCUUACUCUAGUGAAUUCCUUUGAGAAAUAGAUAAUGUACAUCAUGAUACACGCUUUCAUUUAACUGAAUAAUAAUGCCGGUAAAAAGAGACUUUUAUUUUUGUCAAGUGUAGGAAUUGCACACACAAGUCCCCUCCCCUCCCUUUAAAUAAAUUUGCAAACGAAAAUGUUUAAGACUUGUUAUAUGGUUAAAGCUAAUUCCCCCCCCCCUUCCCUCACGUUGUAGUAGAGUCAGUAGAUGAUUCAUGAAGACCUGAGUUGUUGCUGUUCUUCACCUGCCUUCAAGCGGAAAGUCUGUUUAUAAGAGACUUUACUUGAUAGAGAUUUUGUAUAUAGCAUCCCCUUUCUUACGAAUGCUACCACAUGAUGGAGUGAGACCGUUAAUAAAACAAUGUACCCUUUUUCAUAUGGAGAGUUAAAACUCCUGACAAGUCGGUGAGGCAGAUGGUAAAAAGAUGUUAACUGGUAGAAGUGAAGUCUCCUGCUAUCCUCACUUCAGGGGAUCUCAGUUAGCGUUUCCUUGGCCAGCCAGUGUUAGAAUAAACAAACUAGAUACUUCCUGAAGUGGAAACUGAUUAAGGUGAAUAGUAUGAUAAAAAGAAUUAAUUACUGAGUAUUGCUGUCGAAUAUACAGUCGACAUCUUUUUAACCAUGUUGCCUGCUCUAUGCUCUUUCCUUUGGUUCAUUGGACCCUGCGUGGAGUGUUUUGCGUGCGCUGCUCCUCACCCCGGAGGCCAAGACAGGCACUAGCGCGCCAGCUUCUCAGUUCAAGUUGUUACCGAGGUGUAACCCAACUUAAUCGUCGAUCAUCGAAAUCUCCGUUCGUCUAGCUUGUUUAUUACCAGUGUGUUAAUGAAGUUGAGGUUACGUUGUAUUUAUGAAAUUAAGGAUAUGUUAAGGUCAGGGCAUUUGACUGCAUGUAGAAGCAAGUAGCCUAUGUCCGUUUGUCAUUGCUGGAUUUGCACUUCUCAUGUUUGGUCAAUGCAGGUCUGUUAUUUCAACGUUUGUUACAUAAAUUUCUUUGGUUUAGACAUUCUGAGGGUAUGACAUUUUUGUUCCUAGUGUACAAUACAUCUGGCUCGCAAUUAUUUUGACUUCACAAAUAAAAAAUUAACAUUUGAUUUCCAAAUGAUAAACUGUUAAAAUUUAAACAUUAAUGGAAUAAUUCUUGUCUUGUCGAAGAUGAAUGAACUUUCGAAAAUGUUUAUAAGAAAAAAAAUGGCGGUUGUGUUGAUAUUAUAAUCAAACAAUACUUAGAUAUAGCCAUUGUUAAAUUUUUUCUCAUUAUAUAUUCAGACGUAGACAAAAAUGUGGUCAUUCUAGAGCGUCGUCGGAUGUAUUGUUGACGAGUGUAUUCAGAGGGAGACUUCUCAAUCACUGUGUCGUUAAUCAGCUGAUCCAUGACGCCAGAGACUGUCUAUCCAAUCAGCGGGCAUCUCUAGUUGUCAGCGGCCAGCUACAUAACGAUCCCACCUGUUAGAGAAUUCCUCCUCUCUAGACACUCUUAUAAUCGUGUCCGUGAAAGACUUAAGUCAAUUGUCUCUUUAUUUUCACCAUGUUUCAAGACGAUUUUUGUGUAUUUUCUUGUUUGGAUCAUGUAUAUGUUGUGUAAAUAAGACGUGUGACCUUGGCGGCUAACAUGCUACUCAGAUUCUCACUUGGUGGGACGGAUACUACCACAAAGGUUUUCACAGAUGCAUAAACAACAAAGAAUAACGUAAAUGGCUAACAUCUUCUCUUAUCAUGCAAAGCGAACUUAAAUCCUAACCUAAAGCCUACCUCAGCUAAAAAAAAGUCUUAACAUUGUCUAUAAUUUAAACAAACUUGUAAAUUGUGACGUAAAUAUCUACAUAAUUAUAAAGUCUUAUUAAGCAUGCCACUUGUAAGGUAAAUGUACACUUAAAUGUCAAGUAAUUGUUUCGUAACUGAGCUAACUCGUAACAUAAACCUCACGUUAAAACAAACCACAGCUAUUGUCUCCGCAGAUUCUACUUCACCUGUCUAGCACUUCAGAUUUAUCCUAAGUCUAACGCUUGCUUCAGAUCAGUGUUUUGGGUGAUGAAAUAGGAACUGAAUCUAAGAAUUUUUAAAAGAUAAUCGUACGACUGAAAUAUGUCGGUAGAUUUUGGACGUAUCGUGACAAAAGGACCCACAGAUCAUAUGAGGAGAUUUACAAUGGUGGUGACAUUGCCGUGGAAUAUUCUUAUUAUUAUGAUGAAUCGGUUGUGGCAGAAACAAAUGUCACACUGAUAAUAUAAAUACUUGUUAACACUGCAAGCUGUCUGAUUCCGACUUUAGGGGGUUUUCGUGUAUUUCUGUAUUCUCACACAUAGGGCGCUUCGUACUUGGACAGCCGGCAGUGACUUUGUGAAGCAGUUGAUGUGUGUGUUGUGUAUAUGUAUAUAAGUAGAAGAGAGACACCCCACCCCUAUUUAUAAUAUAGUUUUGUUCGGACUCCUGAUGAUCUCAAACAGUUUGACUGAUAGAAAUAAAUGUAUUUUGAGCGAUUAGCAAGCAAAGGGGCCUUUUUAAUUGAUGUCAACUUCCUGGGGCGAAUUUUCCAAAACUAUACAUAUGCCAAGGGGAAAGUUUGCGUCAGGGAAGGAUGAAAUAUGGCUCAAGGUAGUACAGUACACAAGAUAAUUGUUUUUAGGUUACAGACGAUGGUGGUGGUAGAUAUAUUUGGCGCAUAUUGAAUCAAAGAUGACGAAGCCUGGUGCCCGCCGCCACUCACUGCGCGCUGACUGGACCUGCGCAGUGAGAGGCGAACGCUGGCUUCGUCUUAACCCUGGUCUCCUGGCUUUUUGACUUCUACCCAAACAGCCCUGACUUUCUGAGGCUUAUUUUGAAAACAGCUGACUUACCAAGACAGCUGAUAAAGGCUGGGUUAUUGACGAAGAAUCAGCCCAGUAACUGGGUCUGAGGUCGUGUAGAGACCCCAGCCAGAGGACACCAGAUCAUUUAAGGUGUUUUAUGACUCGAAUAUCAACAGUUACAGGACCCAGCUGUGUCCUGUAACCUGAGGCCUCUGGCUGCUGUGUCUCUACUCUGUCACCCGUUCAGAGAUAACACUUUGUUAUUGUGACAUCUAUUUUCCAUGGGCCUUUUGCAUGAUAAAUGAUUGUACAUUUAUUAAUGGAAAUUUAAAAAUGAAUUAGUUUUUCAGUUUUCGCAAUAAAAGGCGAUAGGAACCUCAUUAUGCCUAGUGAACAGAUAUAACGAGGAAAAAUAGCUAUGAUAAUUCUCGAUAUAUUAACUCAAAACACUGGCGUCUUUGACUCUCUCUUGAACAUGCCAUCAAAUUUCUUCUAACUUAACGAGCUGGAAACCUUAAUCUAACGUGGACUUACAUUUAACAAAAUAAUGUUUUCGUGAAACAUUAGAUCAAGUCUUAAGUCGCAAUAAGCACGUAUGUGAAAACCUAUGGUAGUAACCGUUCCGCGAAAAUGAGAAAAUAAAUUUGUAGACUUUUGCUUACUGAAGCCAGAAUCAUACCCAAAUUCCUUUUCAUCUAGACAAGUUGUUCUGACCCUUGUUGUUAACUACCGUUGUUGUUGAUUUGAUAGCCAGAUACUACUAGUCAAUUAUGGUUGUUAGUCAUUGUAAUCUGGUAGGAACUAAACGAGCUAACUUCUCUCUAUAUCUAAUGUAUCUCUCUCUCUCUCUCUCUCUCUCUCUCUCUCUCUCUCUCUCUCAGUGAGCUUUAGUCAGGGCUUAAUGAUCAUGGGCCAGUUCCCAGUUACCAAGACAUUAAAGGAUUUUCCUGUUACUUACUCUCCUGUAUGUGAUAUACAGUACUGCUAAUUCAGUUUCUUGCAGAUGUAUGAAAGUGUCAUUGUUUUUUUGUUUGUUUUUAAUAAUUCGUUUUAAAAAUAUUGGAAGAAAAUGUCUUGGUGCUGUUAGUCCUCUUGAGCCCACUGUACUAUUCCCUUGGUCCUUGGCAAGCCAGUCGGAAGGCAUAAUAAACUGGCCUGUAAGAGAAUGCGGUUCUGAUUGGCUGUUAAUGUCACUUGAGCAUAGGAACGGUAUUUGUCCAGGGCGGAUGUUCUUACCUGAUUUAUAAAUAUUUAUGUACAUGUCUUGUGGACCGUAUCGUCUUAGGAUCGAAACAAUGAUAUUACUGAAGACAAGUUGAUGAUAAACAAAACUGUAGAUGUUAAAUAUGUGGCACUCUCCUGGUGGCGGAAACCAGUUAUUUGUAAACUCAACUCGCGCAGAGCUUCACCUAACCUUCCUAAGGAAAUACCAAGGUUAACGGAGGUCGUGUGGCCACCACCGACCUCCUGCACACCAAACAAUCUAAGAACACUUUUGUUAAUAUUUUCAUUCUCUCUAUCUUCCUUAUGUAUAAAUUUAUUUAAGUUUUCAAAUUGGGUUUUCAAAUUUAGAAUGUGAAAAGAAGAGAGGCCGUGGGACCUCACACUGAUCUCGGCUACAAACACAAUAUUGAUGUAUUCCAACACAAAUUUUUUUAGUUUUCGGUAAUAACUCUGGACAAGAACUGUCCCUGUUUUCAUUUUGUUUAUAUUUUUUUUUAUCGUGAGACUAAUGAUUGAUAAUUUAUUUUACAUAUCAUCUUCCAGGUGAACUGGCAAAUAAAUAAAAAAAAUGAGGUAACAAAAAAAUUAACAAGGAACGACCACAACGCCACCUUCAGUAUCCUUCCCUAGCCUGCACUAGUCUCUACCUGCUCUCACCACUCAUAUCACAAAUAGUAAGUCUUGAGGGUUGUUUCUACUGUCACGCUUGAUGUGAUGUAAAGAUCUUUAACAUAGGUGGGUAUCCCUUUAACCUUUUAUCUAUUCCCUCACUGUCUCUAUCCUAUAUGUCUGGAUUUUAAGUCUUUUGAAAAUCUUUGCUAAUAUUUAAUUACACCAAUUCAGCUCGUAAGCUAUGUACAGACAAAAACAUAUCUCUCAAUUAUCAUUUGUAUUUGUCAUGGCGUUUUAGCUAUAUAUAUAUAUAUAUAUAUAUAUAUAUAUAUAUAUAUAUAUAUAUAUAUAUAUAUAUAUAUAUAUAUAUAUAUAUAUAUAUAUAUAUAUAUAUAUAUAUGCAAAACAUUUUCCCAGUGCCCACAAGAGUAUGGUCAAGACUUAUAAACUAUGCACCGCUAUUUCUUGAUAUACGCGUAGGUUGACCUUCUUCUAUAGAGUGAUUCUAUAUCUCUUCGUUAUUCUGUCAGUGUUGUGCAUGUGUAUCGUGAACAAGAGUACAUAAUAUUAAACUGAAGCGUUACCAUAAAUCCUUAUAUAAAGUUAGUAAGUUGAUAGAAAACGUGAAUCGGGAAGCCGGUUUAUAGAAAACGUGAAUCGGGAAGCCGGUUUAUUCAAAAUGUGAAUCGGGAAGCCGUUGAAUUAUUAGUUUCCUAUUUUCUGUCUUCACUAUUAAAUAAAGAAGAAGAAGCCUUGCUGUAACUCUGUUCUUUAGAAAGUAUAUACAUUAUCUCUCUUAGGAAAUUUUCACCAAGCUUUCCCCUUUCACUCCCUACUCUCAAGUUUACCGAAACUAACAAUAGUUGAUAGGAAAUAGUAUGAUCAAAGUGUGUUCUGUGGGUAUACCGUUAUAUAAUAUACUUUCCUUUUCACAUGGUUUCCUCUUCUUAUGAUGAAAAUUUUGAAAAAAUCAAACAACUUUCUCUCUCAUGUUUUCUCCAAAGUUAUGUUUUAUACAAGGAACUAUUGGAUCGGUGGCAGUGUCACGGGCCUUCAACCAGCCACGCUGUCACGGGGUGUUCCCAUGGUCGGGGUGAUUGUGAUGGAUGCUGAUUCAUAUUUACAUAAAUCUGACAAAGAGACUUCAGUGUUGUGGGUACUCACUUCCCAUCUUGAACACUGGCGUUAAUUAUCGGCAUAAGUUCCUUUUUAUUAAUUUUUUCUUAAGUCCCAUAGGGAUUCCUGGGCGAAUACAUCCUAUCUAUUUUGUUGAAUAUUAAUGGGAUAAAAUUUGAUUUAACAAAAUGCAGUACUUUGUAAAGGAAAUAAGUGAAAAAUUUGUAGAUAUAGCAUUAACAAGUAUUUUAUAGAGUUAUUGACAUUUUACUAAUACAGGAAUAUAUAACAUAACUGCUUGAAAGCAUAUCCAGAACAAGCCACCCUUGCCCCUCCCUACCCAUUUACUGUAACAGUUAUACAUAAAAGAAACUGACCAACAAAUGAGCGCGUUUUAGGCAUGAGUUCUUCAUCGUUGUUAUGGGUAGAACAGAGUCUUCUUUAGGUAGUUUUACCGAUGUUAAGAAUACCUGUGAUGUGGACAGUUAGUUGGUAAAUCAACCCUUUGUUUAUUUCUGCUCACUGAGCAAGCCCGCCACUCCCUUUGCAGUCACACUAUUGUAAUAAAUAAGAUACAGAAGAA